AGCGCAGUCCAGACAUCACUGAGCUGCAGAGAUGAAUAACCAAAGAGUAACCUAUGCAGAACUGAAUGUGGCCAAGUACGCAAAGAGGCAGCAAAUGAAACCUAAGGGCACUAAAAGCUCCAUUUCAGUAACUGAGGAGGAAAUAACCUAUGCUGAGUUAAACCUUCAAAAUGCUUCUCAGGAUCUUCAAGAGAAUGACAGGAACCACCACGGCAAAGAUUUACCGUCAUCUACAUGGAAGCUCGUUGCUGGGAUUCUGGGAAUAAUCUGCCUUGUUCUGCUGUCCGCUGUGGUAACAAUGACAGUUGUUAUUCACUCUACUGAAAUGGUGGAGCAGAAGAAUUCAUCCCCAAUAACAAGGAUCCAGAAAGCAUAUCAUUGUGGUCAUUGUCCAAAGGAGUGGUUAACAUAUUCCAACAACUGCUAUUACAUUAGUAUUGAAAGCAAAACAUGGAAUGAGAGUUUGAUGGCCUGUGUUUCUAAGAACUCUAACCUGCUUUAUAUAGAGAGUGAAGAAGAACUGAAAUUUCUGAAUUCCUUAUCACUUCUAUCAUGGAUUGGAGUCUUUCGUAACAGCAGUGAUCAUCCAUGGAUGUCCACAAGUGGCUUAACUUCCAAACUAAGGGUAACAGAAUCAUCAUCUGGUAAACAUAACUGCGCUAUACUACACUCAUUGGGCCUCAAAGCAGAGAGUUGUGGAUCUCUAAAUAGAUAUAAUUGCAAGCAUAAGCUUUAGAAUUGAAGCAUUUGAGUUUGGAUUCUGUCGGGUAACAUUCUAUUUCAUAAA